AUGGCAAACCAGACCGUCGACGUGGUGGUGGCCGCGGAUGGCAGCGGCAACUACACCACCGUGGCCGCUUCCAUCGCCGCCGCGCCGGCGAACAGCGACAAGAGGCACGUGAUCCGCAUCAAGCGGGGCGUGUACAAGGAGUUCGUCGUCGUGGGCCAGGAGAAGCGCAACGUCGUCCUCGUCGGCGACGGCAUGGACGCCACGGUGAUCUCGGGCAGCCGAUGCUGCGCGGACGGCUACGACACACCACGCACUGCGGUUCUGAGCGUUCAAGGGAACGGCUUCAUCGCCCGUGACCUCUGCAUCGAGAACACGGCCGGCCCGAGGAAAGAGAAUGGGCAGGCGGUGGCGCUCCUGUCGCAGUCGGAUCAAUCCGUGCUGUACAAAUGCGCGUUGCGCGGCUACCAGGACACGCUGUGGUGCGCGCGUCCGUCCUCGAAGCAGCUCUACCGGGAGUGCACGAUCUCCGGCACCGUCGACUUCAUCUUCGGCGACGCCGCAGCCGUCUUCCAGAGCUGCACCCUCCUGGCGCGCCUGCCGAUCCUGGGGCAGGAGAACACGAUCACGGCGCAGGGGCGAGUCAGGGCCGGCGACGCCGGCGGCUUCUGCUUGCAGUCCUGCACCGUGGCGGCCGACGAGGAUCUCGCCGCCAGGGGAGCCGUGGUGCAGACGUACCUCGGCCGGCCGUGGAAGCCGUUCUCGCGCGUGGUGUUCAUGCAGGGCACCAUCUCCGACGUCGUGGACCCCAGGGGGUGGCUGCCGUGGGAGCGCCAAGUCCCCCCUGACACGCUCUACUACGGCGAGUACGGGAACGAGGGACCUGGUGCCGCGGUGGGUGGCCGGGUGAACUGGCGCGGCGUCCACUCCAACCUUGACGCGUCCGAGGCAUGCUCCUACACCGUGGAGAGGUUCAUCAAGGGGAACGAUUGGCUGCCGAGUACUGGGGUGGAGUACAAGCCGGGGCUCUGACCGCGAUUAGGCGCGUAUGCGUAUCAGUUUACCAGUCACACCUGUUUAUACUCCAAAGUUGUGCUUAGUUGUAUAUACUCCAAAGUAAGUUGUGUUUAGCUUUUAUA